AUGGACGCCCGCGACCGGCGCAACGUGGUGGUCAUUGCCAACAAGGCCCGGCGGCUGGAGCGGCAGCGGAUGCUGCUGCGGAUGCGCAGCAAGGAAGCCGAAGAGCGGAAUCGGGCAAUGCUGGCGGCGGUGCGCGAGAGUGGCGAGGCGAGCGGGCGGGUGGCGGCGAGCGGACGGUCGCUAGCUCGGCUGCGGGAACGAUAUGCACGUGCGGCACGGCUGCAGUUGCCGCGGUGGAUGGCGGAGGCAUCGGCUGCGGAACGGACACGGCUGAAGCAGCUCGAUGCCGAGCUUGCGGCGUUGGCAGACAUUCGCGCCGACGCAGCGCGGGUCUUCCGCGACGAGCUCGCGAUCCGCGAGGCUAUCCGCGAUCGCGAGGCUGCGCUGGAAGCUGCGCGGGCCGAGGAGGAGCAAGCUGCGCGGGCCCGAGUUCGUGAGGCGCAGCAGGCUGCGGCGCGGCCCCGGCCAACACAGCGUGUGGACGACAUCGACGUCGCCCGCGUGGCUCAGCACGGCUUCUCCGGUUCCGCACUCGCUAUGCUUGAUCUCGACUCUGGGUCUGGUACUAGAGAGGAGGAUCAAGAGAACGAAAUGGUGGAAGAGGGCAACGUUGAGCCAGUGACGCCUGUUAGAGUGCCGUUGCCGUCUCGGGACCGCGAGGCGCUUAUCGAGCGAUCGGAGGAUGGGGGCAAAGAGCCCGAGGCUUCGACCAAGGAGACUCGGCGCGAGAGCAAAGAGUCGCUUGGUGAGCCAUUGCACGGUGAGGAGCCACCGAACAAGCUAGCGGUUGAGAAGCCGCAGGAUGAAAAUGAGGAGCUGCCGAACAAGCUACCGGUUGAGAAGCCGCAGGAUGGGGACGAGCCAUCGCACAAGGCGGGCAAUGAGCCGCCGAGCGACGGAUCACAGGCGUCGUCGCUCCCACCGGCGGAAGCGGCGAGCAUGGCGGCUAUGCUGGAGCCGAGGCAGCGGGAGCAUGUGCUGGAGCUACUGCUUCGCGCCAUCGAGGCAGACAUGGACGACGACCCGGAAGAGCUGUACGUGGAGCAGGUGUCGGAUGCUGUACAGGACUCGAUCCUCGAGUCGGCGCUCGGCGACGACACGCUCUCAUUUUACGGCGGCUCGGCAAUGUCGGCAGCUGUUGUCGGCCUCCUGCUCGCCUUCCCCGGCGGCCUGCUCCCAGUCAAGCUCCUGAAGCACGUCUGUACAACACAGACGAUGACGCUGUCUCAAGCUUCACCGUUUCUUACCGCCCACGCACGGCGCGUCCUCCACGCCGUGGUUAGCCACUGGCGCAAGCUACUUGAGGCCGAUGCCGUGAGUGCGGAUGCACUCGCCACACUCACGCCAGCGCUCGUCGGUGAGGACGCGCUCGAGUUUGUCGACCAGGCGACUGGCUUUCUCUCGAGCGUCCUGGAUCUGGAGACGCACGCGCAGAGGGCCGACGCCAACCAUCUGGCCAGCGCGCCGCCGCCGGUGGUCACUGCGCCUGUCACGUCACCCAUCAGCGCCGGUGCAAUGACCAGCAUGCUCCCGGGCCUGGGCGGGGUGCAAGCCCGGAUGCCGGCCUCAUCGUUUGCUGGUAGGCCCCUCGGUAGCAGCUCCGGCAACGUGCUCGGCGAUGCCGAUGACGACUACACCUCGGAGGACGACAUGUACAUGGGCGGCGGCGCCGCUACAAGCACGUCAGCAAUCCCGAGUAACGCCACGGCAUUGAUGAUGGGCGGCGGCGCCGGAGCGAUGAUGGGCGCUGGCGCCAGCGGCAUGAUGUUUGGCGGCGGCAUGAUGCAUCCGCUGGCGGCGGGCCGGCCCGCGCCCAAGCCACAGCCUGCGGUUCCUUAUCGGACGGGCGGCCUCGACGCGGUGCUGGGUGACGACUCGUCAUCCUCUGAGUUCCCGUCGUUUUAGCUCGAUGGUGGCCGCAGCAGUCUUUAAUACUAAACAGCCUGGUCCCUG